CGCUCUCAACUCUGUUCCGGCGAUCUUGAGCUCUGCUGCUCGCGCUCAAGCCACUCCACAGUCAGUUGCUCUUGAGUCAUCGCGGCGUUCAGUGCGUGUCGGCUCUGUGCCAGUGUUAAUAAUAACAAGUUGUGAAGGCAGUUCUUUGACGAUCAACACCGCAAAUCACUUGUCCAGAGAAAUAGUUGAUCAUCAUCUUGAGAUUCCGCUGCUGAGACGCGCGUCUGCGGCAAGACAGAGGAAGCAACACAUCAAAUACGUGAUGGUGCUGUGCGACAAUGAUUUGGACACCUCGAGCAUCUCGCAGAAGUGGCAGAAAUUGCGCAGAAGGUGCGCCAGCUUCAAGGCCACAGCCUCCGGACCGUCGUCCCUGGACUCGGACACCAACUACAUCCUGCCAGAUGCUCCGGCCUCGUACACACUCCUGGGGCCGCGUGACGACCAGCUGACGACCUGGAAGUACGGCGAGAGCCACUUGUGGCGCCGCAGCGACUCGGCGGACAAGUACAGGAGCCACGAGUACCGGGAUAUUGGCGCCAAGCUGAGUGCCAAGCCGCCCAUCGGGCGGGAAUUGUGGCGAGAUCACGACUGGGAGCACGCGGUGAGGCGCUAUGAAGACCUGCCCGAGCCGCCGAGGAUGAUGGGUCGCCGGGAGAGACUGCAAUACUACAGCGCCAACGAGGAGAGGAGCUCGACAACCCCACAGCAGCCCAGGAAGAAGCUCAGCUUCAGCACGGACAGCGACAGUGGGAUUCAGAAGGAGAAGGACUCCAAGUUCCCACUGCUGAAGACCUUCAAGUCCGCCUCCAUGAGACUGCCCGGACAGAAGUCCUCCAUUCAGGAGGUUCAGCAGCUGCUGAGAAACAAAUUCAACAGACUCCACGCUGGCUUGAGAAAGAGGAGAGCACUGUCGGUGCAGGAAGUCUUCGAGACGCCACAACCAUCGCAAUUCUACGUCCCUUCGCCGCCGUACGAUCACGAGGACGUUGCAGAGACAGACGGACCCUCUUCCAUGCCACACGCCACAAUCAACAGUCGCUCUCGGGCGACUAAAUUGCCUUCCCGGAAUGGUGGUGUGCCUCGAGUGGCUACUCCAGGUGCUGUCAAGCCACCUGCUUCGAAAUUGCCCCAGUCGGCGCCAAGCAAGAAGCCUCUGUUCGUCAUCGGCGGACGCGUGAGCCAAGCUCCCGGACCGCAGAAGAGUCCUCCGCCCGAAGGGGGUCUGAAGGUACGUAUCCGGCCGCGGAGUCACUCUCCGCUCAAGACGGGCACAACGCGCAGUCGAGAGUCCGUGGGAUUCUUCGAGCGCAUCAACAAGCUGAUGGGCCAGCAGCAAUUGCCGCCGAAACCCGUUCCGGCGACACCCAAGAAGCGCCCCAGUGUCAAGAGCGACGCCGUGCUGACCAGAACACCCACGCCACCCGUGAGGAGAGUCCAGAAGAGCCAGGAAACACCGAAACCACCCGCCCGUGACCGGAAAUCCAAACAGUCUGUCACUUCUCUGGCUGAUCGGGAUCUGGCCGGCGAAGUGUCCGAAACCGAGGAGAGUAAGUUCUGCACACUUCCACGAGGUGGAAACGGCUUUACCAUUCGUCAGGCGAAGUUCUGCAAAGGCAACGGCGCCAAAGGACUGGGAUUCUCCAUUGUGGGCGGAAAGGACUCUCCGAAGGGCGCCAUUGGCAUCUAUGUGAAGACUAUCUACAGCCAUGGCCAGGCGGCUGAGAAAGGCACUCUCAAGGAGGGAGACGAGAUCCUGUCGGUGAAUGGAAAGAGUCUUCAAGGUCUGUCUCAUCAGGAGGCCAUCGACGUGUUCAAGUCCAUCAAGACUGGGGACGUCGUGAUGCUCUUGGGACGUCGCCAACCCAAACGUCCGCCGGAGAAUGCCACGCGAAAAUAAUAAUAGAGUAUCGAUCUGAGAAGCUUAGAAAAGCGCCGAAGUGUGCCAAAAAGCACAAAACCUUUCCACGUAAUUCCUCUAAUUCCCCCAAUAUUUUAUGUUUUCGUGUUAUCUGUGAUUUUGAGAAUAUUUUUUUUGUUGUAAAUAAGCUUCCAUUGAGUGACAAUUUCCAUAAUUGAAAAUACAUGUAUAGUGAAUUCACUUGUAACCAAAUAACUGGACCAAAUGUCUCAAAAGUUUAGCAAAAAAAUGUAACACAAGAACCAAUACAAAUUUACCAAUAUAAUAUUUUAUUGACAAUUGAUAUUCUUAUA